AGUUACGGAUUGCUUCGCAGCUGUGCUGAUCUAAUCCAUUCAACCUGAACAAGACCUACACCAGCAGAGCUACCAUGGGCCUGCUGUCCAUCCUGCGCAGGCUGAAACAGUCCCCUGACCAGGAGGUGCGGCUGCUGCUGCUGGGGCUGGACAACGCUGGCAAGACCACCCUGCUGAAGCAGCUGGCCUCCGAGGACAUCAGCCACAUCACCCCCACGCAGGGCUUCAACAUCAAGAGCGUUCAGUCUCAGGGCUUCAGGCUGAACGUGUGGGACAUCGGAGGACAGAGGAAGAUCAGGCCGUACUGGAGGAACUACUUUGAGAACACAGAUGUUCUGAUCUAUGUGAUCGACAGUUCAGACCGGAAGAGGUUUGAAGAGACCGGUCAGGAGCUGGUGGAGCUUCUGGAGGAGGAGAAGUUGGGGGCGGUGCCUCUGUUGAUCUUUGCUAACAAGCAGGACCUGCUGACGGCCGCGCCGGCGUCCGAGCUGGCCGAGGGGCUGAACCUCCACACCAUCAGAGACAGAGUCUGGCAGAUUCAGGCCUGCUCUGCUGUCUCCACGGAGGGGUUGCAGGACGGCAUGACGUGGGUGUGUAAGAACAUCUCAGUCAGGAAGAAAUAACCUUGACAGCAGGAGCAGCUCAUCUGACCUCCCACCAGCAGGGGGCGGCAGAGCGCUGAGUCCUGCUGAGCUACACUCCUGCCCUCGCUGGUUUACACUACCACAUCCUGGUGACCAGAUCCUGGACCAGUUGCAUGUAGGUGUAAGGUAUUGUCAUGUAAUUGGGCCUAAACUAUAUCGCUUGGUAACGUACGAAAAGUCAACAAUGUUUAUUAUGUUAUGACUGUUCCGUUAGCAUGUUGUUAUGGCCAGUGUUGCAUUUCUGCUACAUGAAUUGUACAUACUGUAUAUAAACAGAUCUAUAAUUUCAUUUGAGUUUGUUUUUUCCAGAAGGUUAUGUCAUGUACUUGAUGAAAGUGGUAAUAGGGGUUUAAAGCCUUGAGCAUCAGAACAUUGUUGUUUUUCCAAGAAUAAACAACUAAUUAGAUA